CAUUUUUAUUGAGCUGCACUUGUGUGUAAGCCUCAUUAGAAGUUUGGUUCAUUAAGACAGAUUCUUCAUAUUGAUUGGACAAUUGAAAUUAAAAGUUCGAUACCAUCCAACCUGAAUUGGGACCAGGGAAAAGACAUACUUCCACAGGAAGCUGUGUCUCUUACCAAGGAAACACACUUCUCUUCUCUCUCUCUCUCUCUCUCUCACACACACACGCACACAGCGUGUAUUAUCUGUUGUACAAUGGAGUGUGUGAAAACAUGGAGAACAGGUUGGGCAUAUCCCACCACUCUGCUGUGUGCCUAUGGCUUUUUCACUACCGUCAAACCUUUGGAACCGUUCCUCACUCCUUACCUCACUGGACCUGACAAGAACCUCACCAUAGAACAGCUGACCAAUCAGAUUUACCCAGUGUCCACUUACUCAUAUUUGGCAGUCCUCGUGCCCGUUUUCCUGCUCACUGAUUGGCUGCGCUACAAGCCUGUGAUCGUGUUCCACUGCUCCUCCCUGCUGGUGACGACUGGCAUGCUGCUGUGGCUGGACAGCGUGCCUCAGAUGCAGGCUACGCAGUUCUUCUAUGGCGUAGUGAUGGCCAGUGAAGUAGCCUACUACUCCUACAUCUACAGUGUGGUGGACCUCCGGCACUACCGCAAGGCCACCUCCUACUGCCGCGCCACCCAGCUCCUGGGCUACACGGUGGGCUCCGUACUAGGCCAGCUCCUGGUCUCAUUUGGCCUGCUGUCCUACCACUACAUACUGGUGUUCACCCUGGUGCUCAUUGCGCUGGCAUGGGGGGUGUCUUGGCUUCUUCCUAUGCCCCAGAGAAGCAUGUUCUUCCACCAAAGAGUAAAGAUGCAGCACAGGAGUGGGACAGAAGAUGAGGAAGAUGGAAAUGACCAGCCUGUCUCAGACGUCCCCAAAACAGUGGAAAUCUGUCUGAAUCAUUCAGCCUCUCCAGAUGAUACUUCCCACACAGCAGCACCUGUUGACAUGGCUACACUUCAGGGAGCAGCCAGCAGGGGGCGAUCUCUUAGCAGCAGCAGCUCCACAAAGAGCUCAGUCAUUGGUGGCGCUGGGACUGAGACUUGUGCGGAUCCUCCUCCUCCUGCAGAGCCAGCGGGCUGCGUGGGGGUGCUGGUGCGGCUCUGGAGGGACUUCCUGCAGUGCUACUCCACGCCGGGGCUCCUGCGCUGGUCCCUGUGGUGGGCUCUGGCCACCUGCGGCUACAACCAGAUCCUCAACUACGUGCAGGUGUUGUGGGAGCACAUCGAGCCGUCCAGCAACUUCACUGUCUACAACGGAGGAGUGGAGGCUGCCUCCAGUCUGUUUGGUGCUACCACCGCCUAUGCCAUUGGCUUCACUCAGGUGGACUGGCACCAGUGGGGCGAGCUGGCACUGGGCUCCUUCUCGGGCAUGGGUGGCGGUGCCCUCUACCUGAUGGUUUUCUCUGGAAACAUCUGGGCGUGCUACUGUGGCUAUGUGCUCUUCAAGUGCCUCUACAUGCUGCUUAUCACCAUUGCAAUGUUCCAAAUAGCUGCAGAUUUAUCAAUGGAGCGCUACGCCCUGAUUUUUGGCGCAAAUAACUUUGGUGCCCUGGUGCUCCAAACAGUCAUCACUGCGGUGGUGGUGGACAGUGGAGGGCUGAGCCUGGACAUUGUAACACAGUUCAUCAUCUACGGGAGUUACUUCUGUGUCAUCGCUCUAGUGUUCUUCGUCUGGGGAGUCUACAACGCUGUGAGCCACAAGAGACACAGGGACUCCCCAAAGCAGACUGAGGUGACGCAAGCAGACCUGUGUUCCGACGUACAACACAAGUUCUGAUUAAUUCAGAAACAUACAUGAUGCACUAAAGAGCGCAAGCAGCUUUUCAGACUCCAGUCCGUUCAGUAGGAGCUAGUGUGAUCCUCAAUACUCACUCAUUUAAUUGCUCAAAAACCAAACAAACACUACACUAUACUACUACUACUAUUCUAGUGUGCAAUCUUAGUAUACUCAUUUAAUUGUUGAAAACAAGGUAUCUGACAAAGCAAGUGAAUCUGUGACAGGAGGUGUAUGAAGGGUAAUGAUUU